GUUGUUCUGGUCAUGAGACGCUGUCUGCUCAUCCUCAAACAUGUGAGUGUUAUGAGAGACAGAGAGAGAGGAAGGAGAAGAUGGAGGACGUGUCCCGCUGGCUGAGGAGCUGCUGUAGCUGCUGCUGUGGUGAAGAAGAGGAAGAUGAGGAGGAGGAAGAAGAGGGGAAGGGAGGAGUGAAAGAAGAGAUGAAGAUGGAGGAGCCGCGCUUCAGAAAGAGCCGGAGUUCAACUUCUCUCCAGCCGGCCGCCGAGCAGGAUCCUGACCGGUCCCCCUCUGGUCCCCAGCCUCACUGGUUCCACACGCUGCAGGUCCGGCGCUUCAGAGUUCAGCGAGGACGCAGCAACAGCGACCCGCUGCGAGGAAACGGCGCCCAGGAGACCUUCACCUGGAAACCGGGCCUGGAGUUCGGAGCGGCUCAUUCCUACCUGAGUCUGGAGAAACUGGGAGAAGGAGCGUACGCCUCGGUCUACAAAGGAAUCAGCCGGAUCAACGGGCAGCUGGUUGCUCUGAAGGUGAUCCGUAUGAAGACAGAGGAGGGAAUCCCAUUCACCGCCAUCAGAGAAGCGUCUCUGCUCAAAGGACUGAAACACGCCAACAUCGUGGUCCUCCACGACAUCAUCCACACCCGAGAGUCCCUGACCUUCGUCUUUGAAUACGUGCAGACAGACCUGGCCCAGUAUCUGAGUGAACACCCAGGAGGACUGCACUCACACAACGUCAGGCUGUUCCAGUUCCAGCUGCUGCGAGCUCUGAGCUUCAUCCACAGCCGCAGGAUCCUCCACCGAGACCUGAAGCCCCAAAACCUGCUCAUCAGCUACCUGGGGGAACUCAAGAUGGCCGACUUCGGUCUGGCUCGGUCCAAGUCCAUCCCGAGCCAGAGCUUCUCCUCCGAUGUGGUGACGCUGUGGUACCGCCCCCCCGACGUCCUGCUGGGAUCCACAGACUACUCCACCGCCCUGGACAUCUGGGGAGCCGGCUGUAUCUUGGUGGAGAUGCUGCAGGGAGCGCCGGCGUUCCCCGGAGACUUGGACGUCUUCCAACAACUCCACAAGAUCUGGACCGUUGUGGGCGUCCCGUCUGAGGACAGCUGGCCGGGAGUCUCACAGCUGCCCAACUACACACCAGAGAGGUUUCUCCACUCGGAGCCGAAGCAGUUCAGGAGCGUCUGGAAAAGGCUGGAGCAGCUGCCCUAUAAGACGGAGGAUCUGGUCCAGAGGAUGCUGACGGUCGUCCCUGGCGACCGGAUCUCAGCACAGGCGGCCCUGCAGCAUCCGUACUUCAGCACGCUGCCGACUCCCAUCAUGCACCUCAGAGACACCAUGUCCAUCUUCAAAGUGCCCGGCGUUCGUCUGGAGACGGAGGUCAGAGACGUCUUCAACCCCGGACGCAGAAUCAAGACCUCGCUGCUGCCCGGCAACACCAAGUUCUGGUGAAGAGACGCUAACACACGCUAGCAGACGGGAACAAGCCCUCGGAUAUAAACACGGGCGGAGUGGACACUUACAACACAUCUGAGGGGAUUUGAACGCAUCAUAAGUAGACUUUCUGCAUCCUCUAAACGCACACAAGCACGCAGACACACACACACACACAGACAUACACAGACACACACACACACACACACACACACACACACA